AUGGAGUAUGUCGGGACUCGGCUCGCUUGGUCCCAGAGCGAAGCGAGACAGGCCGUCGACGAUCGUGACGCAGAAUCUCAGACCGAGGCCAGCAAGCAGCGCCGGAAAGUCCAGAACCGGAAGAAUCAACGAGCACGCCGUGAGUCUGCCCUUCGUUCCGAUAACGCAUUCCAUACUCAGAAACCCGCUACAGGACUACGGCUCAAGCGCGGAGACGCGGGCAAUCUUCAGGAGUCGCGCCCAUUCCGAGUCAAGCGCUGGCGCCUCGACGAGCCCGACCACAUUCCCUCUCAAGCAAUCUCGCCAACACCAGAGAGCGCAACAACCACGGCCUUCUCCCAUGGACUGCAUCACACGGACGCGGGUAUAUCGGUCUCCACAGCCAAACGUACAGUCGUGCUCCGUGAAUCACUAUGCACGACCACCCACCUCCAACCCUUUAUUUUUCCCUUCUCCUCGGACCACCUCCUCUAUCUCAUUCGCUGUAAUGUCUGUCGCGCCUUGAUCACGAAUAUGCGUACCCUCAACACUGUACCCGCCGACACGACUAUCUGCACUAUUGCCUCGCCUUGCCGUGCCGAUACGACCCUCUACCCACUUAGGCCCGAUAUCUACGGCGGGAAAUAG